GAAAUGGAGGAAAAAUAGUUGUUUCCAAAUUCGAUACCAAUCUCUACACUUCCAUUUUUAUUAAUUUAUUUUGAUGUGUGAACAACGGGGAUAAAAAUAUCGGAUAUAAAUAUCGUUAUCUUGUUGUGCUCUUUCAAGUUCAAUCAUGGCAUCCACGUCCACUCUCCUUCAAGUUCUCUUCCACACUAACCCUCUUCCUCUUUCUCUCCUCCCGUCACCCAACCCAUCUCCAUCUCACUUUCGCCCCAAAUUCUCCAUCAAAUGCAAUUCCACUCCUACCCCAGAACCCGUCGAUCCCUCAUUCCCCAUUCCCAGCUCCGAAACCACCAUUUCUCCCGAAUCAUUCCCCAUCGAAAAGCGAAGGAGAUCCGAGAUUAUCCAAGACCCGAAAUCGCGAACCGGGCUGACCAUGCCGGAGCCACCGAGUUUCGAGAUCGGCUGGAAGAGGACGAAGGAGAUUAAGCUGGAAAAGCCAAAAGGAUACGUGAUAGCGGAUUUCUUGGAAAAAUUGGAGGGUUUAAUGGGGAAGGAGUUCGGGUCGACGGAGCUUUUGGCGAAGGCGGGAGAGAUUGUGGCGGAGAGGGCGAGAGAGGAGGCGGUGGUGCUUAGAGAGAAAGGGGAAGUGGAAGAGAGGUUGAUUACAGAGCUGUUUAGGGUUUUGAGGUUGAUUGAAAUGGAUAUGACUAUGGUGAAAGCUGCGGUUAAGGAAGAGACUCUCAACGUGAGGCUUGAGCAAGCCAAGGCUAGGUGUAGGCAAGCUAUACUUGUUGCUUUGUCCUUUUGAUUUUUGAAUGUCAAGUAAAUAGAAAGAAAGUGGUUGUGGAGUGAAUAGUGUAAAACAAGUUAGGAAUUAAACUAGCUAAAUUUUAAUCAAUCAUUUUUGCUUAUGAAUUUAUAUAUUUUUUUAUUUUACUCGAGGCAUUCAAACUUUAAAUUUCAAUUGAAAGCAUAUAUAUUAGAUUCAA